AUGUCUUUGGAAGGCCUUGACAUCUCUCAUCCUGUCACUGUCUCAGGAAAACAUUUUCACCAGGUUGUUCGGGUUCCAGCGGUAGCCUCAAGUUCUUUUGAUUGGACUGUCCAAAUUUCUGGCAAUUCAAAGGACCAUCUCAAUCAGGCUCUGUCUGCUAUCGCCAAGGAGACAGGGCACUCGAUCGGGAACAUGAAAGACAAGACGGUUUUGGAGGACAUGGGUGUUGACUCUGUGAUGAGCGUUGCAACACUUGAUGCAACAAUCGAGACUAUUAAGAAGAAGAGCAGCAGCAGCAUCACGCUGCCAGCGACCGUUUUCAGCGUUCAUCCUACAGCAGGCGCGAUGAGGACAGCGCUUGAUGAUAUGGUCGAGUUUGAAGCCCCUAAGUCGUCGCAAAUUGUAAGACUUGACGAUAGGCAUAGCCGCCAUCAGCAAAGAUCGUAA